AUGGAAAUCGAUAGUCACGAAGGACCAUCAGUAACUAUUAGGGAGGCAGAAAAGGAUCAUGUUAAUUUUAUAUUGAAAAAUGUGGAUUUGGCUGUGGCAAAUUCAAUGAGAAGAACUAUUAUAGCUGAAGUGCCAACACUAGCCAUAGACUUGGUUGAAAUAGAUGUUAAUACAUCGGUAUUGGCAGAUGAGUUCUUAUCACAUAGAUUAGGGCUUAUCCCUUUGGUUAGUGAAGGAAUCGAUAACUUGACUUAUUCACGAGAUUGUACAUGUGACAACUAUUGUUCUAAAUGUUCUGUGACAUUACAGUUAGUAGCAAACUGUGCUACCGAGUCUACUAUGAAUGUUUAUGCAUCGGAUUUACAAAAGAUGUCCCAUAAUGGUUCCAAAUUAGGGGACCCAGUCAUUAGAGAUCCUCAGGCAAGAGGUCCAUUGAUUUGUAAAUUAAGAAAGCAUCAGGAAUUAUCACUUACGUGUAUUGCUAAGAAGGGAAUAGCCAAAGAGCAUGCUAAAUGGUCUCCAACUGCAGCUAUAGGGUUUGAAUAUGAUCCUUGGAAUAAACUAAAACAUACUGACUAUUGGUAUGAAGUUGAUGCCGAAGCAGAAUGGCCCAAAUCGAAAAAUUGUGACUGGGAAGAAGCACCCGAUCCAGAGGCACCUUUUGAUUACAAAGCAAAGCCAUCAAUUUAUUACUUUGAUGUCGAAACUGUCGGUAAUUUACCUCCGAAUGAAGUGGUAAUCAAGUCUAUAGAAACUUUGCAAACAAAAUUGGCAGCCAUUUCUAUUGAAUUAAAUAAGGAAGAUGUUGAAGUUAACGAAGCCGCAGCUGGUGGGUUUACUAGCUAUGGUAGAACUGAAUAUGGCGGUGUUGAUGGAGGCCAAACUCCUGGUGGAAGAACACCAUACGGUGAUGGCGGUUUUGGAGGUGCACAAUGGGGUUAA